GGUAUAUCUUGAUCUUGAUACUACAGAUGGUCUGGAAUCUCUCCAGUUCUAAGAAAACCUCUCCUGUCAUCUUUCCUUCACGCUCUCUCCUAUCUUCCCUCCAAAUUGAUAAUGGUAUAACAUUUUAAUUAUGUUAAUCAUUUCGAGCAUCAAAUAUAUAUCUUUACCUCUGAGGAUUGAAAGCCAGGAUUGUUUUUUUCCUUGCUUUUUUUUGUCAUUAGAAAAUAAUUCGUUUCACCUCUAUUUUCUUUAGAGCGAGGUUGCGUUUUGUGGUUUUGGAAUGAUCCUCGGGUACGGGUACGGGUACGGGAAGUGUCCACAGUAGUAGUGACGUCACUCAUCAAAACAUUGGCGCGGAGACUCAGGAGGCUUGGUUGUGGCCUCACGUUGGGCCAUGUAUGUCGCGUGACCUGGAUGUGUUCCUACUACAACAAAACAAACCCUAACAAAAAAUAAAGUGUGAGAAAGGAGAAAAUUUUUGAGCGUAGUGAAUCUGCCUGGAAGUGAGGAACGUUGCUGUGAGACGGAGAUAAGAGUUCAUUAAUUGUUUCCAGUGUUAAUUCAGUAGAGUCAGCAUGACAUCCAGCAACAACAAGGAAGAACUUCCCCCUCACUGGAUUGUGAAAACCUCCCGCCAGUAUCCUUCACUCUCUUACUAUGCCAAUGUCAAAACUGGCCAGUCAUCAUGGAAACAUCCAUCCCUCAUGAAAGAGAGUGAGCUAAAAAAAAUUUCCAAAAUCAAAGAUAAAAAAAAGUCAAGAAAAAAUGUUCCUGGGGUGAAGAAAGCUGAUGAGGAGGAACAAGAAAAGUCACCCUCAAAGGGAAACUUUAUCCCUAUUGGUUCAGAUCGCUCCUCUGCAGCUGUGGGGAGUACUCAAGUGCUGAAGGAUGAUGCUGGUGAUGGCAAAGGUCUCAAGACCAAGGAAGAGUCUAAUAUUAACUCUAAGAAUGAUAAAUCCAAAAAAGUGAAAUUCACUAUCUCCAAGAGAAAUGUUCUCAGCACAUUCCCAAAAGCAAUUAGUUCACCAAAAAAGUCUGUGGCAUUGCACCCCAGUAUCUUACUGGCCCAGAAGAUCGCCACCAGAGACUCACACUUGAAUGUAAAGAGGAAAGUGGAGGACAAAAAAGACAAGCAAUCAUCUCAUGCUGAAGUUCAGAGGGCAAAGAAGAUAAAAAGUAACAAAGAAUCUUUAAAGCCUUCUGUUGCUGUCAGUCAAACUGCAGGAAUAGACACACCAACAACAUCAGAAAAUUGCUUGAAGACCAAAGAAAGUAAUGAGGCAGAGGAAUCUAAUAGGAGCAUCCCAAGUGAUAGAAAGAAGGAAUUUAAAAGGAAGAAAAAACAAAAACACAAAAGACAUAAAGAAGAAAGUCCCUUUCAUCAGGUGGAAAAGGAUAAAAGCAGUAUAAAGAAGCAUGAAGAAGACACAGGGAAGACUGAAAGUGAAGUAGAUCAGGUUUAUCGUGAUUUUGUUGCACGUAAAAGUAAGCUGUGGCAAAUCAACAGAUAUAGCUCCCAUCAAGGUCAGUCAGCGGGGACCCUUCAUUUAGAAUUGCUUAGAGAUGGCGAUCAUAAUGAAAUACCAUCUGCCAAGGUGAGGCCAGAAGAGAAGCAUGAGGAGGAGGAGGAGGAGAAGGAGGAGGAAGCAUCUGUUUCAUCAAAAGAAGUGCCUUAUACAGACAGUCCUAAAGUGUCCAGACCAACUCUAGUGCAAUCAGAGGACAGUGCUUAUCCUAAAGUUACAGAAAUGGAGAUAGAUGAGGCAGAACUGAACAUGGAAAUUGCCAACUUUCGUGUCUCAGCGAGUUACUCUAGAUUGGCUGUUAGUGAGGAUGUGUCUAACUCUAACACAUGCCUCAAUUUUAAAUCAUUGUACUUUGUGGUGGAUACCAAUGUCCUCAUAGGAGACAUUGACCUCCUGGAAGAGCUCAAAUCAACAUCGGUAAACGGUCAGGAGUCUGUUGUUUUGGUUCCAUAUGUAGUGCUGCAGGAAAUGGAUGGGCUGAAGAAAAGCCCUGCUAUUGGUCAGGCCUGUCAGGUGGCUGUGCGUUGGUGCAACCAGCACUUUGAGAAACAGCAUCGCAGAGUACAGGGUCAGACAUACUCCAAUUAUCGCAUCACUGUGGAGGAAAACAAGAGAGCGAGUGCUGAUGACCUGGUUCGAGACUGCUGCCUGCUGUUGGCUAGGGAAGGGCUCGAUGUAUGUCUACUCACCAAUGAUGUCAACUUGCGUAACAAGGCCCUCAUGUCAAACCUUUCAGCCUUCAGUGCCAAAGAUCUCAGGAGCAAACUUAGAAAUAUCUCUGCUGAACAUGUAUAUGGCUCUCCAGAACCUUCUCUGGUUCUAUCAAAGUGUGAGGAGUCAAAUAUGAAAGAUGUCAGUUUGAAUGAAGUUAACAGUGUUGUGAGUGAGGCACCACCCUCCAUUGUUGGCCCAAGGCAACACCCAAGUCAGCUCAAGCAUAGGCCAGAUCAGAAAGUCAAAAGACCCAGCUGCUCUGUGACAUCUGAAGACACUCUAUUGUUAGAGAGGAUCACCACCUCAUUGCACCACACCCUGAGCAACAUUCUGCAAGAUGUGAUGAAGGAAAUUUAUGAGGAUUUGUGGAUGACCAUCAUUAUAUACAAACCUCCUUGGAACCUUAAAGAUUUGUUUGCCUGUUGGGAGAAGCACUGGAUUGCUGCCAUGACUGAUAGAUUUCCCAGCAGGGUGAAGGAGUUACUGGCAGAAAUUAAUAAGUUACUCACCAUCUCCCAGGUUGAUGUGCAGAAGCUCUUAGCCUUGGUACAACAGCUGUACUCUUACUUCAAAUCAAAACCUUACAGUAAACAUGUUCUUCCAGUGCAGGAUUCUUCUCUUAUUGUAGACAUGUCAGAAGCACCCCUUUCCCAACAUGCCUGUAGUACUCCACCCUGUGCUGAUGGUGUGGAAGACUCCUGUCAGCCCAGCACCAUGAGUGGAGUGAUUAAUGUGGAGAAGAUGAUCAAUCAAGUGGGGGCUCACAUAACUCACUUUGUAGCCUUGGUAUUGACCACCUUUGGUAUACAACACAACUUACAGACUUUGUCCAGCAUCAGUGAAUGUAAGGUGUUGACACCAGACAAUGCAAGAACCAGUGGCAUAAAUCUUCAUAAAGUUAUCAUAAGCUUGGGCACAGCUAUUGCCAGAUGUCUUAAUGAGAGAACCUCCUCAGCACUGCAGGAUUUGGGUCACAUGCUCAGUAACUUCUGGUCAGAAGCACAUCUGCCGUGCCCACACCUACCCUUCACAGAAUGUGACCUGAGGCAGUUUGUGGAGAGUCCCAACAGUGCACAGUACCUGGGGUGUGUCCUGCAAGAGUUGGAGAGUCUGGUGCAACAGCUCACACCAAUUCUGGCCACCCUCUGACUACUGUUGUUUACUUGCUUUGUAUAUUUUUAUUACCUGUUUUUAUUUCAGGAUGACUUCUUAACAGUUAGCUUCCAUCUUGGUUGUACAGUCAACUGCUGAUUAAUGCGAGGGUUACAUUCCUGGAGACGUCACAUUAUUCAAACAUAACUUACCCAUAGAAAACAAUGGUAAUAAGGGGUGUUACAUUCCUGGCCACUGGGAAAAUUCUGCCUAUUUAGAGGAUUUUGUACUGAAACCUUAAAAGAUACUAUUACUACAUCAUUAGGUUAAAUCUUGCAUGGAGCACCAAAACAAAGCAGAGGAAAAGGAGGCAUUUGUCUGCUACUGAUCAGGAUCAGCUUCUUCAUCUUCUUCUUUCACCACAAUAUUUGCGUUUGUGCCCCUUUACUGCCUGCUGUAAUGGAUAUCGUAUCUUUGUAUUCAUAUGCAAUCAUGCCAUAAGGAUCACCUUGACUCGUUGCACUGAGUGAUAGUGAACUACUAUUGAAGUACUGCUUCCCUUUGCAACCCCAUUCCAACCCACCUUAACCUUACUAUUUCACAGCAAUGUAAAGCAAAGAAAUGAAAGCUAUUCCAGCAGAUAGGCCAAUAAAAUGAAAUAAUACUUAUGUAAAACAUACAUGAAAAUCACUAAUGUCCCCCCAAAAUUAACAGAGAUGGUAAGGUUAAGUUAGGGUGGGUUAGAAUGGGCUGGUAUUAACUGUGUUGAAAAUCCAUCCAGUUAUGUAACAAUAGUUUGCUCUGAUGUACAUAUAGUCAGUAAGUGAAGCAAAAUUUGGGUAUGAGUGAGAAUUGGAUGCCCCCACUGAGUCUUCCUCUGCCAGGUGAAGCUACAAAGAGAGUAGUUCAUGCCAAGGGAAGCAAUACUUCAAUAGUAGUUCACUAUCACUCAGUGCCACGAGUCAAGGUGAUCCUCAUGGCAUGAUUGCAUAUGAAUACAAAGAUAUAAUAUCCAUUACAGUAGGCAAUAGUGGCACAGAAACACAAAUAUUGUGGUGAAAGCAACACACUAGCUUAAGAGGUAACAAGAAGCAGUUGAUGCCAAUUGGCAGCAGACAUAUGUCUUCUCCUCAUACUUUGCUUUGUUUUUGGUGUUUCAUGCAAGAUUUCACUUUGUGCUUCAUAAAACAAUCCUUUCUUGGUGAUAUAACUUGUAAAAAGCUAAUAAGAAUAUUGUUUGUGGU